AUGCCGCCGAGCUCCCUUAUGGGCAGCCUGGCAGUGGCUGGCGCCGCGGUCGCCACCACCUUGAGCCUCCAGUGGCUCUGGGCGCGGGCCACGGCGCGGGUGCGCCGCGGACGCAAGGGGUACAGCUCCAUCGAUGCUGCGAAGGAUGCAGAGGUGGUGAAGGGAGUGAUUCCUGACGCCUAUGAGGGCACAGCCUUAGCCACCUUGCGACAUGAUUACUGCGUGUCCCAUUCAUCUCCACUCUCUCCGCUGCUUCAGACGGUGGCGCAGGAAACGCAGCGUCAGCUGCGUUUGCCGCAGAUGCUCAGCAGCCCCCUGACAGUGCAAUUGCUACAGACCUUGAUCCGGGCCUCAGGGGCCAGGCGGAUCUUGGAGAUUGGCACCUACACGGGCUUCACGGCCCUGGGCAUGGCGGAGAUUCUCAAGGAGGGGAUGGAGGUGGUGUGCCUGGAUGAUUUUUCGGAUGAAGCGCAAGCCGAAGCGCUGUGUCACCAGAUGCUCUCCGCCGGCGGCGCCGCUGGCGCCCGCAUCCAGCUGCGCCGGCAAGCCGCGCUGCAGGGCUUGCGGGAACUGUCGGAGGCGGUGGAGGCCGGGGAGCAGCCGUUUGACCUGUGCUUCAUCGAUGCGGAUAAGGAGAAUCAGGUGGCAUACGUGGAGGAACUCUUUGGGGCUCAGAGGUCCAGGCCCCUGUUGGCGGAUGAUGGGUUGAUCGUGGUGGACAACACCCUUUGGUACUCCAGGGUACUGAGACCCAGCCAUCGACAUGACACGUCCACCGCAGCUGUGGUCCAGUUCAACGAGCACGUCUUGCAGAGUGGCCGCUGGCAUGUGACCAUGUUGCCCGUGAGGGAUGGCAUCACCAUCUUGCAACGAGCUCAACGUUUGACAAAAAUGUGGGCGCAGGGGUCACACAGACCCUAA